AUGCCCCUCUUUGGUUCCAGACGCGAGCCCUCGCCCGAGGUGGUUCCCGUGCACGACACGGCCGCGGCCCCGCGCAAGCACAACUCCCUCUUCCACCGGCACGAGCCGGCCCCGGCCCCGGCGCCCGUGCCGGCGACGACCCACCACAAGACGGGCACCGGCGGCGGACUCUUCCACCGCAACCGCACGCCGUCUCCGCCCGCCACCACCACCACGCACGGCUCCUCCUCUCUCCUGCACCACAGCCGCACGAGCCACUCCAUCUCGUCGCGCAGCAGCGCCGACUCCUCGCAUCACCGGCACAGCAGCGGCAGCAAGCCGGGCCUGCUCUCGCGGGCCAUGGGCCGCCACGGCGACGACGACGUCGACCCGUCGAUCCUGCAGGCGCGCGAGCGCGUCAUGGACGCGGAGCAGGCCGAGGUGCAGGCCGAUCGCGCGCUCGAGGAGGCACGCCUACGGGUGCGCGAGGCCCGUGAGCAUGCCCGCCGCGUCGAGGCCGAGGCCGAGGAGGAUGCCCGCCGCGCGAGAGUCAAGCAGCGCCACGCAAAGGAGGUGACGAAGCGGGGCAAGGGCCUGGGGCGACACGGCAUUUGA